AUGAGCAAGGACCUGCAUGUGUUCUCCUACUCUCAAGCCCUCAGUUGUAGCUCACCUGUGCACACUCACCACAAGGAACAGCUCUACGCUUUUGCUCAGGCAAGGUGUAGGGCCCACUCUCCAGACUGCUGCGGUACAAACAAGAAACAACAUUGGGUAGAAAAGGAAUCAGAAGUGAACCAGGAAAGAGUCAGAGAAGACGGAGAAGAUGAUGAAAACACAUUCCGGCACUCCGUAAGGGCGAGCCAUGUUCAGCUCGAGCGCCAAGAGUUUGAGUCUGGCAUCUCUCAGGCGCUGCUCGAGCUGGAGAUGAACUCGGAUCUCAAGGCGCAGCUGCGGGAGCUCAACAUCACUGCGGCCAAGGAAAUUGAAGUUGGUGGUGGCCGGAAAGCCAUCAUAAUUUUUGUACCAGUUCCUCAGCUGAAACCCUUCCAAAAAAUCCAAGUCCGGCUGGUUCGUGAAUUGGAGAAAAAGUUCAGCGGGAAACAGGUAAUCUUCAUUGCUCAGAGGAGAAUUCUGCCCAAGCCAACUCGGAAAAGCCGUUCGAAAAAUAAGCAGAAGCGCCCCAGAAGCUGCACGCUCACAGCAGUGCACGAGGCCAUCCUUGAGGACUUGGUCUUCCCGAGUGAGAUUGUGAGCAAAAGGAUCCGUGUGAAACUGGACGGCAGCCGGCUCAUAAAGGUUCAUUUAGACAAAGCACAGCAGAACAACGUGGAGCACAAGGUGGAAACUUUUUCUGGUGUGUACAAGAAGCUCACGGGCAAGGAUGUUAAUUUUGAAUUCCUAGAGUUUCAGUUGUAA